UUCACCCAUGAUAACUUGGGUAUUCGGUGCAAUGUCAGAUGUAAAUGGCAUUGAAAUCUGCAUCCAUAGAAAUGUUUGCAUAUUCAACUCAACUGUACUGAAUCAGCCAAGUAACAUAUCUGGUAUCGUUCUAAUAUGUAUCGCUCUAAUGUUGGCAAGCAUCAUCAUACUCAUCAAAGCAUUGCACACCGAAUCUAAAAUGAAUACCGUAAUUAUGAUUAUAACCUUGAUGAUGAUGACUAUCGGUGUUUUAUUAUUAACUUUAUGUGGUGAAUGGUAUGAACAGAUCAUUCCGGCAAUUGUGCCACUUGAAUUAUGGAUUUUGGCUAUUAUGUCGGGUGAAAGAUCGCAACAUUCUAUAGCAAAAUGGAGGAUCAUAUUGUUUUCAGUUGGCUGUGUAUCAGUGACAGUUGGAAUAGUCUUCAGCAUUUUAAGUAUAA